UUGAAAUUGAAAGCUCCUUCCCCGUUCUCUCUCUCUCUCUCUCUCUCUCUCUCUCUCAUGGCAACGGCGCGUGAUGAGAACCCUUACGAAGGUGGAGGAGGGUUCGGCAAGUUCCGAAAACUACCGUUUCGGAGAACGCAAACGACGCCGUACGAUCGGCCGCUGACAGCGCUGAGAAACCCUAGCAGGAACAGUGGUUGGUUCUCGAAGCUCGUUGAUCCCGCACAGAGGCUCAUCGCUUCUAGCGCCAAAAGGCUCUUCGCCUCCGUCUUCCGCAAGCGCCUUCCUCCACCACCACCACCACCACGUUCUUCAGAAGCAGUGCAGGAAGCGAGGGACAAUCACCAGGAAGCAGCUGUCUUUGUUUCUAUUGAUGAUGUUGCUUCACCUGCCGAGCUUGCUAAGGCUUACAUGGGGAGCAGGCCUUCCAAGGUAUCCCAAUCAAUGCUGGGCUUGCGAAAUCCUCCAAGAGAGGAUCCAACUCUACUAAGAAAUCAGAACUUUGCUACCCCAGUUAUGUCAAUUGUGCCAAGGGCAAACCCUUGCCGGGUUCAUGAAAAUGGCUUUGUGACCCCAAGAUCUCAUGGAAGAUCAGCAAUAUAUAGGAUGGCUCAAGCCAGAGUUUAUCCAACAUCUACCGUUUGCCAUUUACUAAAUGGUACUUUGGAUAAUUCUGUUUCUAGUGUUGAGAUUUUUAUUGGGUUUCUCUAA